AUGAUGUCGCCAAUUGUACCAUUAUUCGCUGAAAUAUUUAUGAAUGAUUCUGAGAAUAAACAUACGGCUAUACGUACAAGUUUAGGUGUUAAACUAUUCAGACGAUAUGUUGAUGAUAUAUUUGUGUUAUUAGAAAAUUCGAUUUCACCAUCGAGCAUUUGCGAUGUAUUAUCGAUAUUACAUCCAUCUACUACAUUUACUUUUGAACAAGAGAAUUUAAAUAAAAUAGCAUUUUAA